AGAAUAGAUCUGUAUAUAUUUGUUAGUGGAAGGAAGCUAGAAAUGUCCAUCUUUUUCAAACCAGAGUACGGUAAAGUUCUUGUUUCCCUGUUCCUGCCAGUACUCUCUAGAAAUACUACUUACUUAUCGUCCUGUGUAGGCUAGGCUAGUGGGAAAAGCUAGCGAAUCUUGAAGCUGCAAUGCAAUUCUCGAAGUUGGCGCCCAAUAACAAUAGUGCCCGGAGGGGAAGAUAUUGGGAGAAGUGGGGCAUUGAAUAAUAAUCAAACAAUGGAUGCGGCGGAGCUUGGGAUCCGCCCACCACCCUCCUUCACCCGGGUCCCGGGGUAGGAGGGAGCGAGCGAGGAAGGUGAUAAAUAAUGGCAGACCGAGUCUUCGUCGUCCCACCAGUACUUGCUAGUCGCACACACAGAGAGAGAGAGAGAGGAGGCUGGCUCCGACCCCCCGCGAUUCCCUUGCCAUGCCAUUCCCAUGUGGUUGAUGCUCCGACCUCCCAUCCUCCUCCUCCUCCUGCGUACGAGUAUUAUUAACAGCAUCAGUGCGUAGCAGUUAAGAGCGAGCGAGCGAGAUCAGCGCCACCAGUUGCAGUUGCAGGUCGCCACCUCCCUCCCUUCUUCCACCUUCGGCUCCGCUUCUCGGCCUGACCAACCAAGAACGAGGAGAAGGGAUGGGGACGGGGUGGCGGAGGGCGCUGUGCACGUCCGUCCAGCGGGACGACGACCCCGACCGCGACGCCAGUACCAAGAAGCGCCGGCCGCAGCAGGACGCGCCGAGCCCGCGCGGCACAGCCACCGCCACCGGCUUCUUCUCCGCCGUCAAGAGCGCGGCCACCGGCAGCAGCAGCAACCCAUCCACGCCGGUCCUCCGCUGCCGCACCAGGCCGCUGCAGCAGCCGGCGGACCCCGCCCCCGUGACGCCACCCUCCGCGCCGGCGCCCGCCAGGAACCACCGGGUGCCGCUGAUGCAGGCGCUGUCGGCGCCGGCCUCGCCCAGAUCCCCCUCCAGAUUCGCGCUGCUCAAGGCGUCGCUGCUCCCGUCCAAGGUGGUGCUGUCCAUAUUUUUCACGUUUCUUUUUCUUCCUCCCCUUUCGCUUGAUCCAAAGAACUGAACUGAACUGAGCUACAAUGAUGGAGAUGGGUGUGGGGGAAAAAUAGAUCGAUUCCUUCUCAUCUCCUCUGAUUUGGUUAAUUGACUCUUGCUGUUGUUCAGCGGCGCAAGCAAAGGCAGCCCACUCCACCAUGAAUCUACAUCUACUAGUAUAACUUAAUCACCAGCAACGGGCUUGUCGGCCGCUCGUGAUUGGUGAUCCCAAACUCUCUUCACUUCUCUCUCACUCUUUUCUCUAGAAAGAAGAAACCAGCCAGCAAUGAUUGCGACCACCCUCCCCUGUUUUGUCCUAAUCCUCCUUUUCUUCCUCCUUGAGAUUCUUCCUCUCCAGACUCGUGAUGAUUGGGCAAUUAUUAUUAUUAUAUCGUCGUCGUCCUCAUCGCUCACAGCAGCAGCAGCAGCAGCCUUUUCCCCUUUCCAAUCAGGCCACCCCGUUGAUUUGCAAUGCGGCAUCUCCAUCUCCUCCAUAGACUGCUGCCAUGCCUAGAUCACCAAGCAGCAUUGAGCAGAGUUCCUCACAUCCAAUCUCUCUUUCGUGGAUGGGAUUCUCAUUCUGGAUCUCAUCCAUCUCUUGCCAUUCCUUAUCCCUCCAAAAAAGAAAACAAAACCGUACUGCCACAACACCUUUUCUAGGGUUCAGGACCUCUGUAGCAUUAUUGUACUACACCUUUUCGUAGCAGCUGCUGGCCUGCUGCACAGCGGGAUGCAAAAUCCCCCUGCCUUUUCUUUUCUCCUUUCGUAGGAGGAGGAGAAGGUGGAGCCUAGAGCACAAAAAGAUGGAUCCAAUCAGAUCACAGCAGCGUUUGCUUGUCCAAAUGCAGAUUUUGAUCUCAGUGCUCCAAAUCAAUGAUCCUACUGCUGCUUUUAGCGCGCAAAAAGCACGAUCCUUUUUUUUACUCGUGCUCUUUUCUUCCUUUCUUUCCCCGGUGCGGUGUGUGCUCGCGUGGCGUCAAGAGCGGCGGCAGCUCGGCGGUGUUCACGGCCGAGUGCUCCCACGCCUUCCACUUCCCCUGCAUCGCAGCCCACGCGCGCUCCUCCUCCGCCAACGGCGUCCUGUCCUGCCCCGUCUGCGCCUCGCCGUGGCGCCAGGCGCCCUUCCUCGCCUCCCUCCGCCUCCACUGCUCCUUCCACGACGACAAGCACCGAGGAGGCGGCGACGGCCGCAAGACGUCGCCGCUCGCCAAGCUUUACGACGACGACGAGCCGCUGCUGGCGCCCAAGGCCACGGCCAACGGCGGCGGCUUCAACCCCAUCCCGGAGGCCGACGAGGACGACGAGGAGCAGGGCGCCGCGUCCGAGUUCAGGGGCUUCUUCCCGUGCCCGAGGAGUAGGACCACCUCGGGCCUGGCUGUCACUGUGGCGCCCGAGGUCGCGCUCGUGUCGUCGGGCCGCCGCCACGGCAAGUACGUGGUGGCCGUCAAGGUCAAGGCGCCCGGGCUGCGUUCAUCGUCGACGGCCCCGCGGCGCGCGUCCAUCGACCUGGUCACCGUGCUGGACGUCAGCCAGGGAAUGAUGGGCGAGAAGCUGCAGAUGCUGAAGCGAGGGAUGCGCCUCGUCGUCGCCUCCCUCGGCCCCACCGACCGCCUCUCCAUCGUCGCGUUCUCCGGCGCCGCCAAGCGUCUGCUGCCGCUGCGCCGGAUGACCAGGACGGGGCAGCGGUCCGCGCGGCAGAUCGUCGACCGCCUUGUCGUCUGCGCCGCCGCGGCGACCACGGCCACGGCCACGCAGGGGCAGCAAAGCGCGUGCGUGGGUGACGCACUGCGCAAGGCCACCAAGGUGCUUGAGGACCGGCGGGACCGCAACCCGGUGGCCACCGUCAUGCUGCUCUCCGAUACCCAGCAGCAGCAGUCGGCAGCACCGGAAAACUCGUCAAGGAAGCAGUUUGGGCGGCCAGCUGUGGCCCCAGCAACGCGCUUCACUCACGUGGAGAUCCCCAUCGGCCCCGGCGACCCACCUCCUCUUGUGUCCGAGUGCGAGGAGGAGCCUCCCGUGGAGCACGCGUUCGCCAAGUGCCUUGGCGGGCUGGUGAGCGUGGUGAUGCAAGAGGUGCAGCUGGAGCUGGCGUUCCUGACGGGGGAGAUUACGGCGGUGUACUCGUGCGGGCCCGGGCAGCAGGCCGUGGCAGUCUCCGGUGGUGCGGGGGUGAGCGUGCGGCUGGGCGAGAUGUACGCGGAGGAGGAGCGCGAGCUGCUGGUGGAGGUGCGCGCGCCGCUGGGCAGCCACCCGCACUCGCUGUCGGUGCGGUGCACGUACCGCGACCCGGCAUCGCAGGAGGCGGUGCGCGGCGCGGAGCAGCCUCUGCUGCUGCCCGCGCUGGAGGGCGAGCGGGCGUCGUCGUCGUCGCGGCGGCUGCACGACCUGUUCGUGGCGACGCGCGCCGUGGCGGAGUCGCGGCGGCUGGCGGAGCUGCAGGACCUGGGGACUGCGAUCCACCUGCUGUCGUCGGCGCGGGCGCUGGUACUGCAGUCGCCACCGACGCAGCAGCAGCAGGAGCUGGUGGGCAGCCUGGACACGGAGCUGAGCGACAUGCGGUGGCGGCGCGCCAACAGCCAGCAUCAGGAGGUAGUGACGCCGACGUCGAGGAGCGGCAGGAGGAGGGGAGACGGGGACACGACGACGCCCGUGGGGACCCCGCGCGGGGAGGUGCUGACGCCGACGUCGGCGUGGCGCGCGGCGGAGCAGCUGGCCAAGGUGGCCAUCAUGCGUAAGUCCAUGAACCGGGUCAGCGACCUGCACGGCUUCGAGAACGCGCGCUUCUGAGGCGUCAGACGACCUCGUGUCUGUCUGUAAUUGAGUCGUAUUGUGUUUAUGCCAUUUUUUUUCGUUUUCGUGUUGGCUAGUGAAACGAUAUGAGUACCCCAACAGGAGAAGAGGCCGCGAACGGUGGCUAGUAGAAGAUGGGAAGAUGAACAGAAGCAGCCGGAGCUGCUGCUGAUGUUAUAUGUGGAUUAGUAGUAUCAAUUAAUUAUGAGGACGAUUAAUGAACCCAGAUAGGAUGAAGAAGAUAAUUGGUGUUAUAUUAGCUGCUGUUGUGCUUCAUGAUUCA